AUUUCGCGCAAUGCGAAACUGAGGACGAAAAUAUAUGUCAGGGUCAAGGAUAUUCUUGAUAAAUUGGGACGGAGACGUCCAACUCUGAGCAGCCGUGAGUAUCACACAACACGCACGUGCACCUUCAAGUUGCAAAGACAAAAAAAUCAAGACAAGCUCAUCUGCAAAAGCAAAGAAGGCGGUGCACUUGAAAAAAAAAAUUGACUUAUUGAGAUAGACACGUGCAGCACAUCGUCAACCACUGUCAACGGUAACGCAAUAUUUGACCGAAUUUACUCGGAUAUAGGUCUAAAAUUUAAGCAUCAAGCUUAAGACGUGUAUGCUUUUAAAGAAGCAAUGUCAAUUACGAGUGACAAUCAAGUAAUAUUGAAAUUGGGCAAUAAAGGACGCGUGCCAGCUUUAGGAUUUGGAACAUAUGCCCCCAGGGAGAGUGAAGAUGAUGUGUAUGAAGCGGUUCGUGUGGCCAUAAAAACAGGGUAUCGUCAUCUAGACUGUGCUGCCAUCUACAGGAAUGAGAGAGCCGUGGGUCAGGCCAUUAAACAAACCAUCAUAGAAGACAAAGUCACGAGGGAGGACUUGUUCAUCACAAGCAAGCUGUGGAAUUCCUGCCACAGACCAGAUUUAGUAAGAACUAGUCUCAAAAAGAGCAUGGAGGACCUAGGACUGCAGUAUUUAGAUCUGUACCUCAUUCACUGGCCAAUCGCUCUUAGGGAAGGAGGUGAAUUUAUUCCGAAGGAUGAAAAAGGAAAUGUUUUAUUCUCUGAUGUUGACUAUGUAGACACUUGGAAGGCAAUGGAAGACUGUGUAGAUGAAGGACUCGUAAAGUACAUUGGAUUGUCCAACUUUAACAGUGAACAAAUUCAAAGAAUUCUGGAUGUAGCAAGAAUUAAACCUGUCAUGAAUCAGGUUGAAUGUCAUAUAUACCUUAGUCAAGAAAAGCUGAUAGAAUUCUGCAAAGCACGAGGCAUUACAGUAACAGCAUAUUCUCCAUUUGCUAGUCCUGGACACAAAUCUAUUCCUUACACCCCAUGUCUGCAGGAACCGGUCAUUGUUGAUAUUGCUAAAAGCAAGCAAAAGACUCCUUCUCAGAUCAUUUUAAGGUUUCUUCUUCAGAGAGGACUAGUGGUGAUUCCGAAAUCAGUCAGUCCUGGUAGAAUUGUUGAAAAUUUUCAGGUGUUUGAUUUUGAAUUGACAGAUGAAGAAAUGAAAAAGAUUCUUGCUUUGAAUAAAAAUCAUAGAAUUAAUACUGAGGAUAUAGCAUUGACACACAAGUACUAUCCAUUCAACAUUGAAUUCUGAAUAAGCAGCCAAAUUAUCAGGAUUAUUGCUCUCUACAGACUAUGCAAAUUUAACAUUUGUAUUUUUGUGUUUCCUUUAUGAUUUUAUUCAUGGAGAAUCAGUAUAUAGUAAACAUGGGUACAGCGAACAUGCUAAUAAUGAAUUUAUGCUUACAGCAACAUGAUUUUUUUUAUUCCCUGUAGUUUUAAAUUGCAUGAUAAACUAAUGGGAUAUAAAGAACUACAUUUAUGAUGAAUCAAAAUUGUUUGUCUCUGGCACUUCGCUCUAAGCAUGAUUCCCUUUAUGACAUUAUCACAUAACCAAUGAAAUCUCUAGUAUUUUCUAAUAAUCAAUCAGCAUUAUAAAUGUGAUUUAAAAUGUUAUUUUAUUUUUUCAUAUUCAUUGAAGAUUGUGUUUGGGAAUAUAAAACUUGUUACUGAAUUGAAAAUUUCAUUGUUUUAUUUUAAUUUCAAAUUGGAGAAUGUUGCAUGAUUUUUUUUUUUAAUUAGAAAAAUAGACUACAUGCUUUUAAAGUUUCAUGUCAUUUCAGUUCUCUGUUCAAUGUUUUAAAUUUUUUUGUGCCAUAUU